CCUGUGGGCGGGCCAAUCAAUGCGGAAGUCGGACAGCAGCGGAGGCUGUGCAUGAUGUCCUUGCCUGCUUAAUUUUGGGCUAACGUGGUUUAAAAACUGAUUUUCUACGUGGUGGAAGUCACUGUUUUCUUAUUACCCGAUUUAACUUUGACAGUCAGUUAUGCCUUUGCAUAAAUACCCUCCCAAACUGUGGGAGGCCCUGAGACUGAAGCAGGGCAUCUAUGCUCGUCUCCCUCAACACUACCUCAAGUCCCUUGAGCAGAAAGAGCCCACCCCCGUCCAUUGGAGGCCCCUCGGAGUCCAGUACCGAGCCAACCCAAAGACGGGGCAGAAGGAACGGGUGCAGGAUGUGCCGAUACCCAUCUACUACCCCCCAGAGUCCCAGGACGGCCUGUGGGGAGGAGAGGGCUGGAUAUCAGGCUUCAGAUACGCCAACAAUGACAAACUGUCGACUCGUCUGAAGAAGACCUGGAAACCUCAACUGUUAAAGAGAGAGCUGUACAGCGAGAUCCUUGAUCACAAGUUCACCAUCACAGUCACACCACGCACUCUGGACCUCAUCGACGCUGCCUUUGGGUUCGACUUCUAUAUUCUCAAAACAUCAAAGGAAGACCUGAACUCCAAGCUGGGGAUGAACCUGAAGAGGGCCAUGUUGCUUCGCCUGGCACGCAAAAACACAGAGCUCUACCCCUCCGACCCUGUCAAGAGAGAGAAGGUCUACGACAAAUACAAGCAGCACUUUGAGAUCCCAGAAGAGGAGGCAGAGUGGGUGGGUCUGAGUCUGGAGGAGGCCGUGGAAAAACAGAGGGUGCUGGAGCACAAGGAGCCGGAGCCUCUCUUUACAGCCUGUGUGGAGAAGCUGGUGGAGGAGCUGAACAUCCAAAAACUCUCUGAGCCGCACAUCACAGAGAAGGAGUGACGAUCUGAUCCAUUGGAGCGGGACAGAGGCAGCGUUUCAGACUGAAAAUUAAGUAGGUUGAACUGUCAAAGCUUCUCCAGACGGUGGUGGGAGUCACCAAGUUUCUGCAGUAUUUUCACCUGGGAGAACUUCCGAAGUUUUAACUCGUAUUUCCAUCUGGGAGCGACACAAAGGUGGAAGAGACGCAAAUGACGAGGUCAUGUUGGUGUGAUGCUUAUUUAUUUCCUCUUGUAUUUAAGAUCCAUACAUAAGACAUUUUAGGAUUUAAGGGUAAAGCCUCCAUCAGUGUAAUGACUCUGCGACUAGCUGUGAUGUCAGGCCCUUGUACAGGAUAUCUAAUAAAGUUUCCCUUUUUUCUUAAA